AUGGCACCAGUCAGACCUUUCAAAAUCACAAUUCCUGACUCGGAAAUUGAGAAGCUGAGGAAGAAGCUGUCGUUGGCAACCUUCCCCGAAGAAGUCGAGUUCAGUGAUGACUGGCACUAUGGAGCCCCGCUGAAGGAUAUCAGGCGGUUGGCCCAGUACUGGCAAGAUGGCUUCGAUUGGCGCUCGGCCGAGGCCAAGCUCAAUGAACUGCCCCAAUUCAGUACAGCCAUUUCUGUUGACGGUCAUGGCGACAUUGAUGUCCAUUUCGUGCAUCAGAAGAGCACGCGUGCGGAUAGCAUACCGCUUUUAUUCUGCCAUGGCUGGCCUGGCAGCUUUCUCGAGGUGAUCAAGCUGCUACCGCUGCUGACGAGCGGCGAUGACGCUUCGAAACCAUCUUUCCAUGUUGUCGCGCCAUCGCUACCCAACUUCGGCUUCUCUGGCCGCGCACCUCGACGAGGGUUUGCAAUUCCUCAAUACGCCGAGGUGUGCCACAAAUUGAUGAAGGCACUUGGAUAUGAGCAUUAUGUCACGCAAGGCGGAGACUGGGGCUACAUCAUCACACGGAUGAUGACCGUGUUGUAUCCAGAGCAUGUCUUAGCCGCUCAUGUGAAUUAUGUGCGCAAAACGGAGCCGCCAACGUUCACCGAGACGCCCGCAACCUACCUAAAGCAUGCAGUGCUGCCAUACAGCGCCGAAGAGAAGGCUGGUCUUGAACGCACGAGUUGGUUCCACAAUCAGGGAUUUGGCUACAAUCUGGAGCAGUCAACACGGCCAAACACCAUCGGUUUCGCGCUUGCGGAUAGUCCCGUUGCUCUGUUAGCCUGGAUAUAUGAGAAACUUCAUGACUGGACAGAUAGCUAUGCGUGGACAGACGACGAGGUCCUCACAUGGAUUGGCAUCUACGCCUUUAGCACCGCUGGUCCGGAAGCAAGCGUCAGAAUCUACUAUGAGAGCACGCACAGUCAGCUCGAACUACAUUCAAAGGCAAGAGCCUAUGUCCCUGGUGUGCCUUUGGGUCUGAGCUAUUUCCCACGCGAUCUGGUUGUGCCCCCGAGCACCUGGGGUCGCUCAUUAGGACCGGUUGUGUUUGAGAGACGUCAUCAGGAUGGUGGCCAUUUUGCCGCUUAUGAGCGACCCGAGAAACUUGCUGGGGACUUGAUGGACAUGUUUGGAAAGGGUGGUGGUGCCGAAAAGGUUGCAAAGAGAAUUACGGCUGCCUAG